UCCGAAUAUGGUUUACUAGGAGCAUGCAUCGUGCCAUUCUAGUCGCACUGAGCUCGCACAUCAUACUCUUUCAGAAUGACCAUUCCCCGGAUAAAAUCUAUCGGGAGGACAAUUUCCAAGCAUACCAUUCGUCAGCUCAAGUUUAUCAUCCCCGGAGCUGCAAUCACAUAUACAUUCAACACCCACCGCGUCUUUCUGGAGUUGUUAACCAGACAAGACGUAGAAGGGCAGUGGGGAAGACUGUUUGCCUUUGCUUCCACAGGCUUUGAAGGACUUGUGAUCAUACUUUUCCUCUACGUCCUCCUGGUACCGUGGAUACACGGCCUCGAACCAGAUUACCGGUCUUGGCGAGACUCUGGAAUACUUUCUUCCGUCAUUCCAAUCUUGACCACUGCGAUCUUGGUUGGCUGGUCACUUCUGUCCUUUACCCUUGGAAGGUGGUCUAGUUUGGGAUACCUAGAAGGAGUAGUAGGGGCAUCGGGCUUGUACGCACUCACGUUCGGACUAUUGGGCCUUCUUCCGGCCCCAAAGGUUCACCGCUCAUGACUAAGUAAGUACUGUGAUUACUGAGCUGUCUGAUAGUUCAAACGAAGGCACCACGUACGCUGCAGCAGGUUACAGCAUUCUCUCGCGACGAAUCAAUCAUUCACAUGGACAUGUUGUGUUGCUAAUUUAUGUACUGUGUAUCUGACGUUACAACGUACUUUGGACGUUUUAGGGGUACUGUGA